GGCUGAACUGUGAAAAUUUGAAUUCAUUUAAAAAUAAGGAACUGCUUGAUUUGCGUCGUGAAGAAACAUUUUAGGGAAAUGUUAAAGUUGAUCAGCCCUCUUGGAAUACUGCUGCUAAGCUUGGAAGCAAUAACAGCAGGAGAUAUUUCAACUCGCUGCUGUAAUUCUAAAUUAGAAUUUGCAACGAAAUUAUCAGGCGAAAUUGAUAAAUAUGAAAAACAGUACAAUGUGGCUCGUCGCCUUUUAACAAACAUUCAGCAAGAUUGUGAAAUUAUAUCGACAAUGGUGGAGUAUUUGCAAACAUCAGGAUGGGAUGGAAGUUGUAAAUCUUCGUGUGAACUGGAGGCAUUUUUAAAAUCGUUUGAUGGCAUUCGAAGUAAAGUGUUAGAAACAUUGAAAAACUUACGAGCAGCAUGUAAUAAUAUGAGUGAAAUGGCAAAAGCUCUAGGAAAGUAUUCAAAUUGUAAAUACGGAUAUUGUUUAUUAGGUUGUGCAAAUGAUCGAAACGUUUUAGAAUGUAAAUUAAGGAAAUUCGUUGAAAAUGCAUUAGACGGAUUGUACCAUUCUAACAUAUUGAUGGAUAUUGUGGAAAGAACAUGCAACACUUUGGGAGAGCAAGCUGGUAAUUUUUGCGUUAAAGAACUGAAUAGCAAUGAUAGCAAAGGACAAUGUCAAAUCAAUAAUUUCCUUUCUGAAUUCGUUAAUAUUUAUCGCCCUGGUCGUGAAAGUGUAAAUAAACUUGAUAUAAAUUGUGACCUCGGACUAUCGAACAUAAAUCAAUUUAGAGCACACCUUGCCAUAGGUUCGCAUUGUUGUUAGUUAAGUUAUCGUUGUUUUAUCAAUAAAAAGUUUAACAAUAUU